AUGCCUCCGGCAACUAACCAUACCCUCCCACACACCCUCCCUCUCACCUUAAUUGUCGCAACAACCCCAAUUCGCAUCGCGUCCACCCUCACCCCACAAGACCCAAAUGACUCAACCCGCCUGGGCAUCGGGCUCAAGGGCACUCUCCCAUGGCCGCGCAUCAAAGCCGACAUGAACUUCUUCGCGCGCGUGACAUCACGCCCCCCGGUCCCAGGAACCACGAAUGCAAUUAUCAUGGGCCGCAAAACAUACGACUCCGUGCCGAGCCACCUACGACCCCUCGGGAAACGAAUUAGUGUUGUGAUUACGCGUGAUCAGACGGGAUCAGUGAAGAAGGGUGUGUUGAAGGAGCUUGAGGCGAGGAAGGAAAAGUUGGCUGCUGCUGCAAAGGCUAAAGCUGAGAAAGAGGCUGAGUCGGAGAAGGUGGUGGCUAAAGAGGUGAUUCCGGAGCCGAUCACGGAUGCGAUUGUGACGCCGAGUUUGGAUGCGGCGAUUUCAGAGCUUGAUUCUGUGUAUGGGGCGAAGGGCCAAUUGGGCAAGAUUUGGGUUAUUGGGGGUGCGGAGAUUUAUGGGGCUGCGUUGCGGAUGAAGUUUGAUGAGGGGGAGAGGCCGGUUAGGAUUGUUAUGACGAAUGUGGUGAGGAAGGGCGCUGGGAGUGAGGCUUCCUUUGAGUGCGAUACUUUCUUCCCGUUGGAUGGAAUGACGGAGCAGGAUGGAUGGAGGCGUGCUAGUUCGGAGGAGGUUUCGGAGUGGGUUGGGGAGGAGGUUAAGGGGGAAUGGAAGGAAGAGGGGGAUGUCGAGGUUCAGAUGGUUGGAUUCGAGCGGUUACAUUGA